UUAAGAACUAAAAAAUGAGUAAAGACGCAACAGAAGAUAAAUCCUGGCUAAUUGACUUAAUCCUCUCAUUUUUCCAUUCCGCUGAAUGGAAGGCACCCGUUUUAUCAUUUAUUGAGGAGAAAUGUAUAGUCUUUGAUGACGAAGAGGAAAAUAAAUUGGAAUAUACAAUAAUACAUAAAGAAUUUAAGGAGCUGGCCGAAAAACUAAUCGAAGCAAUGCUGUGGGAGUUGGGAGCAACAUCUGAAAUGUUUGGAGAGGCAUUUGCAAAGGCCUCUACUACUCCAGGAUAUCAAAAGAUCUCUAAAAUAAUAGAAUCAAUAGAUAAUUAUGAAAUUUUUGCAAAGAUGAUGCGCAAAAAGAACGCCGCUUUAAACGAAGCAGCAUUUAAAAUCCUUCAGCAGCAAGAUAACAAAGAUCUAAACUCUUUUAUGAGCGCUUCCAAAGAGACUAAGCUUCCAAGUGAUUUAGCUACACCAUCACCAAUGGAUCCAGUUAAAACAACACCUGAAGGAGAUAUUGCAGAAAAAUCUAGAACAAAUACUGAACCUAAAGAUGGAAAAAUGAACGAAUAUGAAGAAGAGCAGAUGGAAAUAAUCAGACAGAUGUCAAUCAGAGAAGAAGAGGAGAGGAAGAAGAUUCAGGAUGAAGAAGAACAGAUCCUUAAACAAGUUUUAGAACUUUCUUCUAAAGAACACCAAGAAGAAAUCAAAGCACUAGAGAGAAAGAAGACAGAAGAAUUGCAUAAUAAAGAGGAUAUUAUGAAGCAAAAGGAAGAAGAGCUUAAGAGAAAAGAAAAAGAAUUGAAAGCGGAAGAGAAAAGAAUUAGAAAGGAGAAAAAGAGAUGAACUAAAUAAAAAGAAAGAACAAGAACUAGCUACAAUGAAAUCUGAAACAGUUGCACCUGAACCCCCUAAGGUAGUAACUGCUCCUGUAGUAGUAAAGAAGCCAAAGAAGAAGAUUAUUAAAGAGAAGAAGAGAGAAGAGCCAGUAAUUGACCCACAUAAACCAGGAGAAGCCAUGUAUGAUCUUCCUCCUGUGAGUAAAACAAAGAAUGCAGCAAUGAUGGCAGCUGAUGUAGAUAUUCUGAGAGAAGCUUCUAAUGACAUUUUUGGCAAAAAUAAGAAGCAGAGUACGUACGACCCAUAUGCAGACGAUAUUGACUUUGAUCCAUGGAAUAAGAAGGAAGAAGGCAAGCCUAAGACAAUGGCUGAAAUGCUCAAGGAGAAACUAAAUAAAAUGGGCGGAGGUCAAGAAGAUAAAGAAGACAAGAAAGAAGAAGAUGGAAAAGAGUCUAUAGAGGAUAGAAAGAAAAGACUCCUCGAAUACAGACAGAAUAUAGUCAAGAAAAAGCAGGAUGAAAUGAAUAAAGAACUUAAAGAUGCUAGAGACGGAAAUACCGAUAAUAAAUAUUCAAAUAAUCUGUUCAAAGAAUUAAUGUCUCUUGAUAAGAAGGUGAACCAAAAAGAAGCUAAAAAGAAACAAGAAGUUUAUAAAGAUGAUUUUGAGGAUAGCAAACCUAAAGAAGAUGAUGAAGCCGAAGUUUUGGGGACGAAGAAACCUAGAAGAGAUAUGCAUAGCUUGUUUGAUAGCGAUGAUGAUGACAAGGAGAAGGAAGAGGUUGAAAGAAAAGAAAGACAUAGAAAGAUAAUGAAGGAAAUGGCUCAAGAAAAUGUUCACUAAUUUUA